GCACAGACACCCGCUCCGCUUUGCCAUCGUACCAUAAAGAAAACAGCAGUGAAUUUUUGUACACAUUUAUUAUUUAUCUUAUCGUCGCGUCUUCAGCACAUCUGACCACGUCCAGCACUCGAAUCCGUUUACAGUCGACGCUCUUUAAGGACUCUGCCUUGCACACGUAGCUGCCUAUAACAAUGCUAAAAAUCGCAGCAGAAGGCAUCGCUCCACGUCUGGCGGCCUGUUGCCUUAUCAAUAGCAGCGCCCAGAGCAGCUGCCAGCGAGUGGCGCCACAGGCGGCAAAAGCCACACAGAAGUGCCUCUCACAAUCCCAGAUGCUGCACAGGAAGCUGGUGAUCAAGGAUCACUACGAUUUCGAUCAGAAGGUUAUAAACAGCGACAAUCCGGUAAUUGUUAAUUUUCAUGCGGAAUGGUGCGAUCCGUGCAAAAUACUCACACCAAAAAUGCUAGAACUAUUGGAGAAUUCGAAUGAAAUCGAUUUGGCGAUCAUCGAUGUGGAGGACAAUCUGGAUUUGGUGGAAACGUUUGAGGUUAAGGCCGUGCCCGCCGUGCUGGCCUUUCGCAAUGGCGUCGUCGUCGACAAGUUCAUCGGCCUGGUCGAUGCCAACAGCAUAGAGACCCUCAUCGACAAGCUCAAGCGCAAGCAGCAGCAGAACCAGUAGCUCCAACUGCAGCAGCAGCAGCAGCAGCAGCAGCAGCAGCAGCAGUAGAAGAAGUAGCAGUAGCUAUCUUACUUAGAUAUUAUUGUAUUUUGCGGCCUUAAGAAUUUAAUUGGUGCACGGCACGGCGUGGUACGGCGGGGCGGCGCGGGGCGGGUGCUCAACAUUUUGUACGCGUACGCACACAGCAUAGUAAUUAUGUUAAUGAUAAUGAUUGGCUAAUUAAUUGAUUGAUUCAUUGUUAAUAUAUAUAUAUAUAUUUAUAUAUGUAUAUCGCAAUAAGCCAUCAAGCAAAUUGCUCAAUAAACAUUGUGGCCCGCUUCCUCGAGUCGCGGCAGUCUGUAAGCUAUGGCAAUAACUAAAACAUUUAAUAAUACUAUAUAUAGUUUAAUACGCAUUAGAUGGACAAUUAGCUAACCAUCUAAUGCUAUACGACUCUAAAUUAGAACUUCAAAUUUCGCGCAGUGUCGCCACUGUCUGCAAAUUUCGGUUUGUUGUGUUCGCCGAAGGCCUUAGUAUUGUUUUUUUUUUUUAAUAUAAUAGUUGGUAGAAGAUGCUGUAUAUUUGUAAUAAUAAACUGUCGCGUUAGCAAAGAAUUUAUUGUUAUUAAACAUAUUCAAAUAUUGCAAUUGUAUGCCAAAUAUAUAAAGAGCUUACGUUA